AUGAAUUCGCCAGAAAAAGUAACCGAAAUCAGGCCGGUAGUAGAUAUGCUCUCGAUAUUAAGCAUACUGCUGGUCGCUGUGAUGUGGGGCGCUACCAAUCCGUUCAUUAAACGAGGCAGCAACGGGUACAACGAACUGAAAGCGAAAUCGAGGAUAGGUCAAGUUUGGUUGGAAAUACGAUUCCUUAUCACACGCUGGCAGUACAUUUUGCCGCUGAUUGUGAACCAACUUGGCAGUGUUGUGUACGUGCUCACCCUUCAGCGGACAGAGCUAUCGCUCACCGUGCCGAUGGCGAACUCGUUAACGUUCGUGAUUACCGCCAUCACGGCAAGGCUUCUUGGGGAACGGCAGUCCGGCUGGAAAGUCUACGCGGGCAUGACGCUUGUGAUUCUGGGAACCAUCAUCUGCAGCCUAGAUAAGAUACUGUGAUACGUAGCUUGUAGUAGGAAUUUAAAAGGAAAACAAAAAUUUAACAUUAACAAACUGGAUUUUCCAGCCACAAUU